CUAGUGAGCAGGAUAAUACCCAAGCCACGCAACAGUCCAGUAGCUCAUCGACUAGAGCUGCCGGUAAGAGACGGCGUCGCGCUGAGGUGCCAGCUGCAGACAGCAAGCUCGUCAAGCUUCAAGAGGAAUACGAUGAGCUGAAAACUUUCUCCUUACAAGUUUCUAUGGCCCGGUACAAGAAGUCCGAGCAAUUGGAGCAAGCGCAAAAGGAGUUGGAAACUUUGCGUAAAGAAAACGAGACGCUGAAAAAAACUCACGAGGACGAGUUAAAGAAGGCGAAGCAGUUGCACGAAGAAGAGUUGAAGAAAGUGAAGGAGCAAGCUGCCGCUGAUCUGGCCAAGAAUGAUGAAGAUGCGAAGAAGAAACUGGAGGAGAUGCGUCAUGAACGGAACGUUCUGAGCUCGACACUUAACCAUAUACUGGACGACCCCAAGAACCCUCAGCAAAUACGAACUAUUGUCGAUCUGGUAGCACAGAUUCAAGAGCUAAGGCGUCAACGCAAAGUUGAGCAACAAGAGCUGGAUCUUCAACACCAGCAGCACGCCCUAUCUCAAACCACUCCGCCUUCCAAGAGGCAGAUUAAAGAGCUUGAACUGCAGACGCAAUGCAAUCGCGAGACUCGUAUUUUCGUUGAAGAAGCGCGUCAGAUGCACCGACAAAUGGGCGAGCGGUUCGAAAAGGUAAAGAAUGUACAAGAACGCUACGCCGUCGAGCGCUCCAACCUGUCGGGGUCUAGUCAGUCGCAAGACUCGAUAGACGCGGGGCAGCUGCGCAGCGAUCGUCGCAGUUCGCAGUUGUCGGUGGCGUCUAAUGAGCAUUCAGAGCCGUCGCCCGGUGAGAUCCCGCUUACGGUUGACGCAGCAGAUGAAGAGGCCAAGAGCGGCGAUACAUCGCAAGGACGGCCACCACUAUUUACCACGUUUGGUGCACGCAGUGCGACGGCCGAUACGAAUACCAGCAGCAAUACCAGACUUACGACUCUGUCUCAACCGCAAUUCUAUCGCACACAAGCGGCCAGGGCGGAGAGCAAGACGCAACAAGGUGAAGCUGAAGACGAGGAGACAAAGGGCAACAAGUGA